AUGAGUGUCACUGCGCCUGGGCUGCCGCUUGCAGCCUCUGUUCCCUGCCGUCUGCUGCGGACAUCGAGGCCGUAUAGAAGCCAAUGUCUGGACGUCAACCGCCAUGUACAGUCACGGCCAUAUCAGACUGAUUCCAAGACGCGGAAUAGCCAGAGGCCUGCCAUUAGAUCAAAGAAUGCGCAGUCAUUGAAUCAAUCGACAAGAAAAUUCCAUGCGACUGCUCCCGCCGAAGCUGCAAAAAACCCUUACAAUGUCCUGGGAGUUGGGAAAGAUGCAUCAGCCUCAGAAAUUAAACGAGCAUACUACGGGCUGGCUAAGAAGUUUCACCCGGAUACAAACAAAGACCCCAACGCCAAAGACAAAUUUGCCGAAGCCCAAACCGCCUACGAGACUCUAUCUGACCCCGAGAAGAAAAAGGCUUACGAUACCUACGGGUCCGCUGCGUUCGACCAGAAUGGCGGCUUCAACCCUGGCGCUGCUGGUGGUGGGCCAUUUGGAGGAGCGGGUGGCUUCCAUGGCUUUGGCGGCUUUGGAAGCGGCGGCGGUUUUGGUGGAGGAUUCUCUGCGGAUAUUAAUUUCGACGACAUCUUCGGUGCCUUUGCGAAAGCUACUGGUCGCAACCCACGCGGACACGGGUCCCCUUUCUCUAGCGUUGCUGUUGGAGACGACAUCGAGGUUCAGGCGAACAUCUCAUUCAUGGAGUCCGCCAAGGGAACCACAAAGGAAAUUAAUAUCACACCGUUGGUUACAUGCAACUCAUGCAAGGGAGAAGGUUUGAAGGACGGCAAGAAACGAUCACGCUGCAGCACCUGUGGGGGAACUGGAGCACAGAUCCACGUUAUCCAGGGCUUCCAGAUGCAGAGCACAUGCGGGGCGUGUAGUGGAACUGGGUCUUCGAUCCCCAGGGGCGCCGAAUGCAACACAUGCAGUGGUGGAGGCGUUGUCCGAGAACGACGAACUGUCAAAGUUGAUAUUCCCGGUGGUGUGGAGGAUGGCAUGAGGCUGCGGGUUGCAGGUGAAGGUGAUGCGCCCAUGGCAGAGCCAGGAGCCCGCACGCAGCGAGGAAACCUCUUUGUCUUCAUACGGGUUGCCGCUGACCGCAGAUUCAACCGAUCUGGGUCGGAUGUCCUAUAUACUGCCGCCAUACCUCUCACAACCGCCCUGCUAGGAGGUGAAGUUACCGUUCCGACACUCGACGGAGAGGCCAAGGUCAGAGUUGGCACUGGAACGGGAACUGGUGAUAAAAUUACCUUGCCUGGAAUGGGUAUGCGAAAGCUUGGUGGCCGAAGAGCGGGCAAUGGUGACUUGAAGGUGGAAUUCAAGGUCACUAUGCCGAGAUCUCUAACUCCCAACCAGCGAACAAUCCUUGAAGUUCUCGCAGAUGAGAUGGGAGACAAGACCGCGAAACGAAUCAUGAACGUUAACGACAUGAAGCCAGACGGUUCUUCAACCAAGUCCUCUACCGACAAAGCAGACAACGCACAAAAGGGCCAGGGAUUCAUCAAGUCCGCCUGGGACAAGCUGAUGAACCAUCGCAAUUCAUGUUCGACGAGCUCCAGCACAGGCCCAUCAGACUCUACCGACAAAAAGGGGCCCGAGACACAGCCAGAUCAGCCCAAGGAGUCCGAUCAACCUAAAGAGUCUAAAAAGGCAUCGGGAUCUGGAUCUGGUUAG